UUGGUUUUACAGAAUGGGUCCUGCUUGUUCUGAGAUGAUGAUAAUGAAGAUGAUUCUCCUGCUGUGGUUCAGCUCUGGACCAGUACAGACUUUUACUAUUAAACAAAUAAUUUGGUACAAGCCUUAUCCCAGAACAUGGAUGGAUGCACAAGCAUACUGCAAAAGUGAACAUAAUGCAGAUCUUGCUACAGUGACAGAGAAUGAUGUGAACGUGAUAGACAUGAGCAUCUUCUACUCCUGGAUCGGACUCAGAAAAAGUGGUUCUCAGUGGUACUGGGACAAAGGCAAUGGGGAUACUCAGGCAGUUCAGGACAAUUUUGUCCUACCAGUUGGCAACAGGGAGUGUGGGCAGGCCUUGUAUUCUACUCAUAUACCUCUUGAUGAUGACUGUGAAAACAUCCACUUCUUCUUCUGCAGAAUGCAAGGACUUCUUGGUGUCCUGGACAUAUUUAUUCCCAAAACUAAAACAUGGGAAGAGGCAAAACAAUACUGUGUGGAACAUAAUUUUGAAUUCAUUACAGUUACCAGCGAUAAAGAUCUGCAAUGGUCAUCUUCACCAUUCUAUGUCGCCAGAAACUUUCCAGUUUGGAUUGGACUGUACCACUAUGAUUACUGUGGCACUGUGUGGUCCCAGAAUAAGACUUUUUCAGACCAGAGCUGUUCUGAGACCUUCCCCUACUUGUGCUCUGUUAACAACCUACUACUGGUCCAGGAGCUCCUCACUUGGGAACAGUCCUACGACCGCUGCAAGAUUCACAUCCCACACACUCACUUCAGCUCUUACCAGCUUCUCGGUGGGGAUGCAUUUCACCUGCAGUUUAUUCAGUUCCUAGCCCGCAAUGCCACCACGGAUAAGGUGUGGCUGGGUCUGCGCUUCAUGAACGGGUUCUGGUUUUGGUCUAAUGGUGAAAUAUACUCUCUGCCUGAUCUCCCCUCCUGCCCCGAGCCGCAUCUUCACUGUGGAGCCCUGGUGGUAAACAGAAAGUCCUCCAUCUCCAAGCCAAUCAUAGAACCAAGCGACUGUAGCGAGACGCUCAACCUGCUCUGCUAUGGACUCUGA